CUGAGGUGAAAUCCCCAAUUCCAAACCUUUUUUUUUUCCCUUGUCUUGUUUUUCUUGUUUUUCUGUUUCCCUUUUGGCUGCACUGUAUACUUCCCUUGAUUGUCUGUCCUAGUAUAUAAGGGAUCGAAAACAAUCUGGUUCAGGGCAUUAUGUGCAGCUCCGCUCCCUCCAGCCACACGCAGAUUGAUCAUGGUCUCAAGAACAAUAUGACGUUCCAACUUAUUAUGCGGCAGCAACCUAUCCGUUCUAGAAUGUGUGGCGUUGGAGAUAAAGUCGACCGCAGACCCAUUGACCCGCCGCCAAUUGUUGAACUCAGACUUGAAGAAAAUAGUCAUAUUUUGCCAAUGAUAUCGCCUCACCUCUUUCUGGCCGCGAUCUUGGUAGAAGACAGUGGAUCUGAGCAUCGAAUGCAAUCUUUGGAUGAAUUGAAUUUGGAUGUCCAUUCCAAAUUAGCCAUUGGUCGAACCGUGUCAUCGUUAUAUCUUUUGCGAGAUCUCGACAAUACGGAAGGCGCCUUUUUUGUGUUUUCGGAUAUCUCAGUGCGUGCAGAAGGCCAUUAUCGAUUACGCAUGUGCUUGUUUGAAAUCGUAAAUGGCGACGUAUACUUUCGGCAAUCCAUUUUAACCAACCCAUUCGUUGUUUAUUCUGCCAAAAAGUUCCCUGGAAUGUAUGAAUCAUGUCCUUUGGCGCGCCAUUUUGCGGAACAAGGUCUGAAGAUCAGAAUUCGUAAAGAAUCACGAACCAAAAAACAUAAUGCUAUGGACGCAGAUCCAAAAUCCAGAUCAGGCACCAAUUCUGAUGCAGAAGCAUCGGAUAUCUCCUCCACCUUCAGACCCAUCGCCAAAGCAGAGGCCACUACAUUGAUUUCCUCCAAAAAUACUUAUACCACCAACAUCACACAGCAUACACCCACCACGAGCGCAUCCUUGAGUGAAGAAUCUGAUUUUUCUAACGAUUAUGCUGAAAACUCGUCUUCUAGCAAGCUAUCCAUUCAUCGAAUUCUCGACUCUUCAGAUCAGCUAGAUCAGUCUUCUGUGGCCUUACCCUCCAUUCUCACUUCACUGUCAAUGGCACAUUUCACAGCAACUGCGACAUCCACAUCGACCGAACAAAAAGCUGGAAUGACUGAAACAGCGUUACUCAACUCAAUCACAUCUAAUCACAGGCUCAGCUUAGCCCACAUCCUUCAUCCCACGACACAAAAACCUUUGUCACGUUCAUCGACGACAAAUAGUACGUCAGCUACGCAGCACGAUACAUCCACAUCCACGCUUCAGAAUACGUACUGGCAAUUACCACCACCUGUAUCGACACGAUAUCAACAGUCCAUGCUUCGAUCGUCCAAUCCUUUAGAAGGUAGUCAGUCCUGGAAUAUACCCUCCUCUUCCGCCUCACUGCAAAACUUCCGUACUACAAGAACUCAUUCUGAUCGACCAGAAAUAAUUCUCAGCACAACCACUUCACGAAAAACCAACUUAGCAUUACCUUCAUUACGAGAACAGCUGCAAGAUUUUGGUAUCCCGGAUAAUCAACAGGAAAGACGGUAGCCCUUCCUCGUUUGACCUACGCACGCCUGCUUUUAUUCGCGCUUGAUUUGACUGUAGUUUAUCGAUGAGCCAUCGUUGACGUCUACUUCACAGCAUGUGUAAGUGAAGGCGCCAAGAUCCACCUGCAAAUAUUAUGGUCUUAUGCAUCGUCUUUGACAGUAUAUAGAAGAAAAAGCACAAGCAAACUGACGGCCGCAAAGUUUGGCAAACUGGUGACUUCCAGCUUCGGUCUGUCGUCGGUUUUGUCUUUCAUUGAAAGUUAAAAAUCGUAAUACACGUAAAAAGCGCCUGGACUUACUUCCAUAGGACCUGGUGCAUUGGGUGGUUCUUUUCUUGCUUGCAAGAGAAUAUAGAAUGUCAUAUUUACAAUGUUAUCACAACUCUUUUGCCCGGGGAUUCUGGUGUUAUUUUUAUUUACUGCCUACAAAUACCGACUUGACCCGCUUUCCCGUUCCUGUUUUCAU